AUGCCUGACUGGUCUUUCCCAUAUCCGCCUGCGAAGGCUGGAUACUGGAAUCCCGUUACUUCGACUCUAAACUGGUGCGAAGAGGACUACUAUGCCACCAUCUACUCCGCCGAGAUCAUCAACACGCUCACCAACCUACUGUUCAUGUGGCUCGGAGUGAAGGGGUUUCUCAGCUGUCGGCGUCAUGGUCACGACUCCAUCUUUCAGGUCGCCUACUGCGGUUACCUCCUUGUCGGAACCGGAAGCUUUCUCUUUCACUCUACUCUAAAAUGCAAGUUGCUUGUCGGGCAUUACACAAAGUCUUAA